CGGAACAGUGGCCGGCUAAUUGGAAGCUUCAGCUCGCGAUCGAGUUCCAAGAGGCAGGUCGACAUGGGGCUGGGGCUUGGGAGCAAUAAGGUGGGCGGCAGCCAUGCGGCGGCGUUCCUCCUCGGCGUGGCGCUGCCGACUGCCCUCCUCUUCAUGCUCGCGUCCGACCGCCUCGGGGAUGGUCUGUCGAGCAUCUCGCGCAGCUGGGGCAGUGCUGGAACGACACAGCUGCUGCCGGUCGCUGAUGAUGGUGCUGCUCCUACCCGAGAUCAAGAGGUCGAGUUCGCGGGGCUAGCUGAGCUGCUGCCGAAGGUGGCCAUGGAGGACAGGACAGUGAUCAUCACGCCGGUGAACGAGGCAUGGGCGCGCCCGGGCUCCCUGCUCGACCUCUACCUCGAGAGCUUCAGGAACGGCGAGAACAUCGCGCACCUCCUCAACCACGUCCUCGUGGUCGCCCUCGACACCCUCGGGUUCGAGCGCUGCAAGGCCGUGCACCCCCAUUGCUACCUCCUCCGGGUGGCAACGACGACCGCGAACAUGAGCUCGGCCAAGGGGUUCAUGUCCAGGGACUACCUGGAGCUGGUCUGGACCAAGCUCACCUUCCAGCAGCGCGUCCUGGAGCUCGGCUACAAUUUCCUCUUCACGGAUGCCGACAUGAUAUGGUUCCGCAACCCCUUCCGGCACAUCGCCCUGUACGCCGACAUGAGCUGCUCGUCGGACGACUUCAAGCCGUCGCGCGCUCCCAUGGCCCAGCCGCUCAACACGGGGCUCUACUACAUGAAGUCGACACGCCGGACGAUCGAGAUGGUCCGGUACUGGCGGGCGGCUCGGGCGCGGUUCCCCGGGCGGCACGACCAGUGGGUGUUCGUGGUGAUCAAGCGCGAGCUGGUGAGCAAGCUGCAGGUGAGGAUCGAGCCGCUGGACACGGUGUACUUCGGCGGGUUCUGCGAGUACCACGACGACCCGGAGAAGGCCUGCACCAUGCACGCCGACUGCUGCAUCGGGCUGGAGAACAAGGUGCACGACCUCAGGGACAUGGCCGCGGACUGGAAGAACUACACGAGCCUGCCGCCGGAGGAGAGGAAGAAGGAGGGCGGGUUCAAGUGGACGUACCCGGACAGGUGCCGGAAGUCGUCCCACUGGCGCAAACCCUGACAGAGGCCCGCGGGCUAGUAGAGAAGAGUGGCAUGCGACCUCCAACUCCAAGUGGCCAUUAUUUAUAUAUAUAUUUAUUAUAUAUUCUGAUGAUACGCUUGCAACA